CCACGACGUGACUCGGAGUAGGAUCUUCUCCGUCGUAGAACUCGCUGAAGUUUCUUUCACUUGACGCUCGAUCGAAAGAAGAUGGAAGAGUUGUUUACAGCUGUUGAAAAAAACGACAUCAACAAAGUAACAAGAUUACUAGAAGCUGGUGCAGACGUCAACGGAACGAAUAUAUCGGGAAGACCACUUCUGCUAGUUGCAACCCACAAAAAGCAUGAGGAAAUGGCAAUAUUUCUUUUGAGCAAAGGAGCGCAUGUGAAUUCAACUGACAGAUGAAACAGCUCUGCACCUUGCGUCAGCUGAAGGUCUGGAUAACCUUGUAUGGAGGCUGCUAAAAGAGGGAGCAGAUGCAACCCAAAGAAACAGAUUUCUAGCUACUCCAAUUCACUAUGCGGCUCAAACAAACCACCCACUUAAUGUUACACGCCUUGCUGCCUAUCUUGAAACUGUUGACAUAAGAGAUGCUUAUGGCAAAACCCCUCUGUGGUACGCAGCGGAUUGUGGCCAAAUCAACUGCGUCAACAUUCUUACCAUGCUCGGAGGAGACCCUAAUAUAAGAAGCGCUCAGGAGGGAUCACCUAUUGAUGUUGCUGUAAAAAAGAGGCAUUCGGAAAUAGUCAAAAUGAUGAAAGGAGCGGUGAAAGAAAGAUUGCUUCAACCGAGCGGUCGAACUUUUAGUUUUGGUACUCAAACGGACCACAAGACAGUAAUCCCCUCUGCAAUAGCUAAAACAUCGGCAGGGCUCGCAGCGAAACAUUCGUCAACAUUGGUGAGGACAGGAUCUUGGUCAGUACCAAGAACUACCAAAAACAGUAAUGAAACAAUAGAGAUGGAACGCCAACUUGAGUUUGAAAAGCUACGAACUAAAGAAAUGAAGCAAGAGGUACUGAAUUUACAAGGGAGAGUCCAACGGCAAGAAGGACUGCUAGCUGCAGCUGAGGAUGCCGCGAAAGAACGAAGAGCGAAUGAACAACGAAACAAAGAGAUGCUGAAAAUUCUCUCAAGCAAUAUAACGUUUGUAGACGGAAAGAACCUGGGAGAGGGUUCAUUUGGAGUCGUUGUUGUUGCCAAAUGGCAAGGCUCUACAGUUGCUGUCAAAAAGGUCCAUGAUGUCCUAUGUGUAAAUCAAAGAUGUAGAGAUCUCUUUUUACAAGAGGUUUCGGUUGCUUUGAAAAUACGUCAUCCCAACAUCGUCUUUGUGUACGGAUACUGCUUGGAAACAGAAUGCGAAAAGCCAAUAGCUUGGAUAAUUAUGGAACUCCUUCAAUGUUCUUUGGAUGCUAUGCAUAAUUAUUCUCAACUAACCUUGCGAGAAAAGGUCGACAUUGCAAGUGAUGUUUUGUGUGGACUAAAUUAUCUACACUCUCCAAUGGCUAACUUUAUUCUUCAUGGUGAUAUUCGUCCCACUAAUAUCCUGAUUUCCAUCACUAUGACAGCAAAGCUAGGAGACUUAGGGGCCGCUCGACGUGCAGAUGCGGAAUUAUCAGUCGGACCAAUGAGUCCUCUAUACACUGCUCCAGAACGGAUGUUACAAGACGGAAAGAUAGCACUCAAAACCACAGUGACAGAUAUCUACAGCAUGGGAGUCACUCUGUGUGAGUUAUUUUCUGGGAGGGUGCCAGAAAUAAAUAGUCGAAAAGAUCAUGUUCAGCUGAUUGAACAAAAUGAUAUCCGUUCUCAGUGCAUUGACAUGCUCAAAGACGAUCCUAAAGAACGACCGACAGCUGAAAAAGUUCUCGCUGCUUUCCUCAAAGUCUCUCAAACAAAUGACUACAAGAAAUGUGUGCCCCGUAAGAUGGUGAAGAUGAACAAAGACAAAUCUGAUGGACCAGAACUUUUCACUUUGACUGAUUGCAAUUAACAAUUAUCUUUUACUGUUGUCAUUACUUUUUUUCAUUUGUGCGUCUAUUGCUAGACUUUGCCAGACUGAAAAGGACAUCUUUGCAAUUGAGCAAUGAUCGAGUAGCGACUAACAGCAUGCGUAGUCUAAUGGUUAGAGUCAAAUGCUAAAUCAUGGACAUACAUUAGUAAGCAAGCGUGACAUGUAGCCGUAAUUCUGUUUGAAAGAAAUUGAUAUCAUAAGUUGUCUCCAGGACAACUCU